GCGCUUAAGUGUUCGGGGAAGGGCGGUACCUCGUUCAUUUGCUCGUGGCUGCGCGGAGAUGGUGGUGAGCGAGUGAGGCCCUGUCCGCGAGCUUGAGACCCGACCGCAGGUCCCGACACCUGCAGCCCCAACGGAAGAGGCCUCCCGCCGCUACUCCUAACCCCCACCCCUCCCGUCACGCGCCUUCUCUGCCCCCCCCCCGCUCCGUUUCUCCGGCGUCAUCCCCUCCCUUCCCCUCCUCCCUUUCCCUUCCCGCUGCUAUGAGUUACGGGCGGCCGCCGCCGGACGUAGAAGGCAUGACUUCGUUGAAGGUAGACAACCUGACUUACCGCACCUCCCCGGACACGCUGCGGCGCGUCUUCGAGAAGUACGGCCGCGUCGGGGACGUCUACAUCCCCCGCGACCGCUACACCAAAGAGAGCCGCGGCUUCGCCUUCGUGCGCUUCCACGACAAGCGCGACGCGGAGGAUGCCAUGGACGCCAUGGACGGGGCCGUGCUCGACGGACGGGAACUGCGCGUCCAGAUGGCCCGCUACGGGCGGCCGCCCGAUUCCCACCACAGCCGCCGGGGGCCCCCUCCGCGCCGGUACGGCAGCGGAGGCUACGGACGUCGGAGCAGAAGUCCUAGAAGACGGCGUCGCAGCCGGUCCCGAAGCAGGAGCCGCUCCAGGUCCCGGAGCAGAUCGCGCUACAGCCGCUCCAAGUCCAGAUCCCGCACACGAUCCCGGUCUCGUUCCACUUCCAAGUCCAGGUCUGCCAGGAGAUCGAAGUCCAAGUCCUCCUCUGCCUCCAGAUCUCGCUCCCGAUCGAGGUCCAGGUCCAGGUCACCAAGAAGCCCCCCGCCUGUUUCAAAGAGGGAAUCGAAGUCGAGGUCCCGUUCUAAGAGCCCUCCUAAGUCUCCCGAAGAAGAAGGAGCCGUGUCAUCUUAAGAAUAUGGUAACGUGUCUGGCAGCCUGCUGUAUUUGCAUGCUGUAUUGUAGCUCUCUAGUGGGUAUUGGGUUCUUGAGACAGGAUUCUAGCGUAAGUAAAUCCUAAUGGGGCAUGUUCGUUUCUGAGGAGGGCAUUUUAGCUUAUGGCUAAUAAAAUAAAAUGCAAUUUUUUACAGAGACUAUAUUUGUGUUUUGUUGCAAUUAAUAGCUUGCUUUUUAAUAUCUAUUGUUUGAGACGCAACCUAUUUCUGAAAUGACUAUUUCUUACUGUUCUUACCCAACAUCUGCAUUUUCCCCUUUAAAGCUGCGGUCUCCUGUUUGCUUAAAGAAUAUUGGCCAGUAUUGCAGAUUUUAACUGAUUUGGCUGAUCCUCCAGGGACCAGUUUCUGUGGGCGUGUAUUGGAGCAGGUUUGUCUUUAAACGUUAAAGAUACACUAUCCUGUUAAUGACCAAUCAGUCCUGUGUUUACAAUGCUGAACGGCAUCAAAUAUUUUUAAAAGUGGAAGGUGAAUUGCAAGAGUUUAUGGAAAUCAGUUUUAUCUAAAGUACGAUUGUGGGCUUCUAAGGAUAUGUUGGGUGGGAAAAAUGGAUAGUGUGUCUUUAACCUCCCUCAAAUUGUUUGGUCCUGUUUUUUCAACGGAAGUGGGCCUAGAAUUGUUAAGUUACACAACCAUUUAAUGAUUCUUCAAGGUUUUGAAUAAGAACUAAUGCCUAAUGUGAAUUGGGCUGGAUUCAGGUUAAGGGUAGUUCGAUCUUAUCCCGACACUAUGUAACAUCAAUAAUGGAGAUUCAACAGUAUCAAAAAAGUUCUCAUGCUGUCUACAUUAGUAUCCAGUAUCAUGGUGGGAGGUGGGCACUGCACAUUUCUAAAACAGUGGCAAGGCCAGUAUUACUAGGAAUCUGGGAGCAUCCAUAAAAUAUGGAGGACAUACAAAAAAGUACCUUGCUGAACUAUACCUUUUUCAAACCUAGAUAACGUCAAAAACAUGAGAAACCUACAUAAAGGAAGCCUUGGAGGAAGUACGAUCGUUUGAAUCGCCAGUCCAUUGGAGAGAUCCCGACACAACCAACCAGCUGUUGAAAAGGUUAUUUUGUAACACUUUGUCUAACUUUUACUUUACUUUUGAGCCUCAAAUGGCAGACUUUUACAUUUAUGUGCCAUUUUGUUGCUAUUAUUCAAAUUUCUUGUAAUUUAGUGAAGUGAACGACUACAGAUUUCAUUAUUGGCUUGGAUAUGUGAGGUAAAAUUUUCAUUUUUGUUCAUGUAGUGCUGAUUUUGCAAAUAAAACUGAUAACUAACUUGCUUCCUCAAGUUUAUUAAAGAACUAUGCAGCUGUGAUAUGCUGAAUAGCUUAAUGCUGUCCACAUGCUCAAUUUUUGCCUUUAGUCUCAAAUUCUGAAAUUUUUAAUUCAAAUGCAUUUGCAAAUACUUCGUUGAAAUAGUAUCUACAAGUUAAACUUUACAGCUGACAAUUAUUUUGAACAAUUUGUUUUUAUCAGACAAAAUUCUAAUCUCUUCUCUUAUGUAUUUUUGUGCACUAGGCGCAGUUGUGUAGCAGUUGAGUAAUGCUGGUUAGCUGUUAAGGUGGCGUGUUGCAGUGCAGAGUGCUUGGCUGUUUCCUGUUUUCUCCUGAUUGCUCCUGUAACGAUGCCUUGUCGUGCAGAAACAAAUGGCUGUCCAGUUAAUUAUAAUUGCCUGACAACUGCACUUCCAGUCACCCGGGCCUUGCAUAAAAAUAACGGAGCAUACAGUGAGCACAUCUAGCUGGUGAUAAACACACCUUAUUUUUUUCCAGUAUGGUAAAUUAGACCAUCUACAUAUGUGAACUUGGAUAUAAACAAAUGUAAUGUUUAAAAGCAUUUGAUUCAUUCCUCUGUAAGUACUGAUUUGGAGUAUCUCUUACAACAUUCUAUACUAUAACCACUGUGUCUGUAGUUUAAUAAAAACACUUACUUGGUGUUCAGUUUUUUGAACUCUUA